AUGAAUAAUAAUAUCAACUUUGAAGAAUAUCAACAAACAAAUGCAGAAAGAAAAACUAGACUUUCAAGUUUGAAAAAAAUAAUUUUACAAUUUAAAAAUUUAAGUAUCAAUGAAGUUAUUAAAGGUAUAUCCGAUCAAGAAGAACGUAAACGAGAGAAUACGACUGCUUAUAUAGCUGAUCUAGCCCAAGUCGUUUUUGCUCCUAUCCCUGAUGCUGCCACUAUUGACGUUGAUGACCGGCACUUUGAACUGAUAUUUGCUCCUCAGUUUUAUACAAAUUGUGAAGACUCUGAAAAGAGCUAUAUUAACAUGUUUCUUUUGCAUGGAUUGAAUGUUGAAACAGCAAAUUCAUUGAUUGUGUUUUAUGCACAAUCAUACUCCAACAUUUUAUCAACAGUCAAUAAUUAUUGCAUUGCACCCAAUGCGCAUUUAAACCUUGACCUCAUCCAUUUAAGAAAUGAAGAAAGCUUAUAUGAAAUAUUUGACUGUAAUAAAGUCCAUCUUGCCUCCCCCAAUCAAGAAGUCUUCAAAAAAUACGCAAAUGUCAUUUUCCCUCCGCCAACAAAUACAUUUGCAACUCUGUUUAUGGAAAUGUAUAAACGUAGCGUUAGAAAAAGAAGAUACUAUGUAUAUGCUCAUACAGUAUAUCUGUAUGUCAUAUCUAAUUAUUUGCAGGCGGUUCGUUAUAUACCUACUAUAACACCUAGUGAGUAUAAGUGGCGAAUUGCCAGAGCUCAAAAAGAGGAUCCUUCUGCCAACAAGGUUGCUCAGAUAAGGAGAAAAUUUUGUUUUUUUUUCUCCACAAACCGGCAAUAUGAUCGGUGUAGAUGUAAUUUAUGGGAGCCGGCCUAUGCCCAGGGGUACGUGACAAAAUUAACAAUGGACUUGUUUGGCGAUCCGGGUUCAAUCCCCAUGAUUGUCAUAUUUUAA